GUGACGCGGAUGGGGAUGACCCCGCCCAGUGCGGGCCCGCUGUUUGUAACGUGGAAGAUUGGUCGAGAUAAACGAUUGCGUGGAUGCAUAGGUACCUUUUCAGCCAUGAACCUACAUUCAGGACUCAGGGAGUACACACUUACUAGUGCCCUUAAAGAUAGCCGUUUCCCCCCAAUGACGAGGGAUGAGCUGCCACGGCUUUUCUGCUCAGUGUCUCUACUCACUAAUUUUGAAGAUGUGUGUGAUUACUUGGACUGGGAGGUGGGUGUACAUGGCAUUAGAAUAGAAUUCAUCAAUGAAAAAGGAUCAAAACGCACCGCUACCUACUUACCGGAGGUUGCAAAGGAGCAAGGAUGGGACCACAUUCAGACCAUAGAUUCUCUAUUGAGAAAAGGAGGCUACAAAGCGCCAAUUACUAAUGAGUUCAGGAAAACCAUAAAACUGACCAGGUACCGUAGUGAGAAGAUGACCAUGAGCUACACAGAGUACCUUGCCCACCGUCAGCAUCAUCACUUCCAAAAUGGCAUUGGGCACCCUCUUCCACCAUACAACCAUUAUUCCUGACACUGAGCCACAUGACCAGUCACUGGACCUCUCUGCAGACCUCUUCCCAGGAGACCCUACCCCUUCCUGGUCUAGCUAUCUCUAUUACUGUACCAUUUUAUGAUGAUAGUUUCCGUUGCCAUGUUGACGCUUCUCCUUGGUUGGUCAAGUUCAUCAUGGCAACGGGUGGGAAAACUGCAUUAUUACAAAGCUCCCAUAACUCUUUUUUUAUUGAGUCACUGCGGGGAUUUUUUGCAGCACAUAAAACCCUUGUGUUUUUUUUAUAACAUUUUAAAUUUCUAUUUCAUUAACAUUGAAUUAUAUCAAUCAAGGUUUUCUGUGACUGUGGAUGGAAGGAAGAACUUAAUGGUUUAAAGAUUACAAUUAGGGAUUUCCUUUAUUGAGUAAGAUAUUAAUAGUGCUAACAGGUAAUGAAACAUAUCAGAGAUUCAGGUAUUAAUCAUACAUUCCCCACCACUGUAGUAAAAGCUGUUUAAUUUCAUGUAGAUAAAUACAUGAACUUCAGAUCCCAGGACUUAGAAUUUGAAAGGCAAUGAUACUUCAAGUGAAGAGAAGCUGUUGUACAUAGCAUAAGAGGCAAUGAUAGGAACUAUUUCAGGAUCAGUUGGUCUAGUUAAUUACAGACUUAAUGUGCAGGGUAGGAAGCAUCCUCAACUCUCAUUUAAUUCCAUGGGGAUUGAGGGCAUUCUGACACCAAACAGUGUUUGUAAUGCAGAGAAGAGACACCUUUCUGAUCUUCUCAAAAUAGGAGUCACUUUUGUUUUAAUAAUGGUUGGUGAGUAGGCAAUAUUAUGUUAGGAAGAAAAUGGAUUUAGAUGUUUGUGCCUUUUGACUAGGACAUAAAUAUAGUUACCUAAAAAUCAUAGGAAGAAUUCUAUUAAAAACAUCAGACAGCUUAGAAAACCAUGCUCGGUCCUCUACUGAGCUGGUAUCAAUUAUUUUUUAAACUGGAAUUCUUUUGAACAAGCAUGUUGUGAAAGAAUUAUCUUCUUUCCCCCCAUCUUAUUCUUUUUUAGUUGUGGGUGUCCUAAAUGUUAAGUCAUGAUUAGCCAGAUAAUAGUUAAGAGCAUGAAAAGCACAGGACAAAUAUGCCUUGAUUUUAGAUGUCUUCAGCUGUUACAGGAACAGUCCUGGAGAGUUGUAAGUACUAUGAAAUAUUCUGGCAACUUUUCUGCACAAAGCAGCAGUAGCAAAUCGCUUUCUUUCUUGCUUAGAAUUUUAUUUUCAGCUGUAGUAAUGGAGAUGGGAUUUAUAAAAGGUAUGUGGGAUAUAGUAGCAAGACCUGAACAUUCUGGAGAGUGUUUUCUCCUUGCUUCAUGUGCCUAUAGAACUCCCAUAAAUACUGGCAGUCGCUUAUUGCAUCUUCAGGGGGAUAAUAUACCCCAUGCAUUAUAGAAAAAUCAACAUAAGGAUGAGUAAAAAGCAUUAAGCAGAAAUCCCCAACUGUUUUGAAUAAUGGAUAUUUGUGUAUAAAAAUAAUUCUGAACAGAUGAGAAAUAAAAUUGAGCUGAUAAUCCUUUUGCUGUAUCAAACAGCAAACUGCUAGUUGAUAAUUUAAACUUUUAUAUAUUUAUUUCAAAGGAUAAUUGGGUAAAUUGUUACUUCUCAUCUAUAAGAGACAGGAUUUGCUGGGUUAGUUUUAAGGCAUUUUUAUAGAAGGUAUUUGGUAUUCCUUCAUCCACAGCAUGUGAUGUCCAAAUGUUAACACUUUCAGUUGUGAUGCCUUAAUUUAUAAACAAACAAGAGGGCCUGAAAAUUCAGUAGCCAAGAGGACAUUGCAAAACUCAAUAGAUAUUUAUAUAGAGGAUAUUUUGGAUGAUAGUAUUGUCUUGUCUCUACUUGGGGAACAUUUUAAAGUGGAUUAGCUUUUAAGUGGAAACUGUAAACAAGUGGCUACUUGAUUGAAAUUUUUUUCUUGCCCUUAUAGGGAAACUGAGCACAAGUUGAAGAAUAUUGUCUGCUGCAAAAAAAAACAAAAAAAAAACAUUCACCCCAUCUUUACCCAUCAUCUCGUUACAGCAUGCUCAUGCUUCUGUAUGAGCUCAUUGUUAGAAGUUUUUUAAAAAAAGAUCUAUUAUAUAUAAAAAUAUAUAUGUAUUUAAAGGUGCUAAUCAACCUUGAGCAGGUCACGUGACUGGUCAUGCGGACUCUAAAAUCAUAUCAGAUUUUUUUAAAAUCCUCGAUAUAUGCAGAUGUUAUACAGAAUUUCUUACCAGUGUAAUAAUGAUAUACUGAUGAAAUAAACAAUCCUGCAGGUUUUGAAGGACGAGGUCAGCAAUACUUCCGAUCAUGGCUUGGGGGAGAAAAAAAGGAUAGUUUUGUCUCCUUUUUUGUACACAGACAAAAUGCAUUGUGCAUUAUGCUAUCUUUUAGUAGCUGUUGCUUAAAAAGAAUAGUUUGAAGAGUGUUAUACAAACUGUAAAGGUGUGCUUUAAAAUCAAGUAAUGCCUGAGGCCCUUCUUGACCAGAGUUUUAUGUCAUUCAUUAAAAAGCUAUUAUAGGUAUAUGGUCAAUCAAUUAAUCAGCUUUCUAUGAGCUACAUAGAAAUACACUGUUUUUUCAUGCUUAGAAUAAUCAAAUCUAUCUGCUGUGUUUCUGGGGCAUCUGUCUCCUCAAUAUGUAAGUGCCGAGAAUGCUGUUGAGUAUGUUUCAUAUAUACCUGUAGGUAUAUUUGAAUAAACAUACAUGUAUUUCACUCAGACAUGCCCUGGAACAGAAUAGGUCUGUUUUUCUAAACCUGAUCAAGAAUAGUGUGUGAAAGCAGUUUCAUAACAUUCUUAUUUAACUAUGCUAAAUAGCCAUUUAGAUAUUGUUCAGUGGAAAUAUUUUUAUGUAGGUAUUUUAUUAAGUUAAAAUACAGCGAAGUAGUUUGGGAGGGGGAGGAAUUAAAAUUUUAGCUUUCAAGAUGCACUAAUCAGUUUGCUUUAUUCCAUUAAAAAAGGCUUUGUCACUUUAACAGCACAUGGAUUGGAGGAAGAGACUUCAGACAGCAGGCCUCUCCAAUUCACAUAGUUGUUGCUCAGUCAUGCUUCAAAGUGGCCUUCCUUCUGCCCCAGAUCGUGCUGUCUCACUGACUCCAUUCCCCCCACCUCCACCGCCAGCAGGGAGAGGGCACAGUAGUAAGUUCUGACCUGUUGGAUGAUGAUAAUCAAGGCAAUUGAUCUGGCACACCCUGACAUUUGUAUACCGACCUCUUUACUUGUCUUCAACUGUGUGGGUUUUUGAAACCGUUGUCUGGAGUAGGUUACAUCUCUUGUGUGUGUUAGAUCGAACCAAAGAAGCCUCCAGCCAUGCCCAAAUGCUGCUCCUAAAGCCUGCCUUCCAGUCCUUUCAAAAUCCCUGCAGGAUUAAAUGUUAACUUUUUUAUUUUUGUACAGUUUCUAACUGAUUUUUGCUAGUGAUGUUAAUUGAAUUAAGUUUAUUUGAGGAGUCUGAGUACCUCCUUCGUUUAAAUAAACUGGCGACUUUCCUUUUAUGUUAAAAAUAAAUAUAGAAACCCAAAGUGUGCCUCUCAGAUAUAAGGGUUUCUGGUUACAUUUAUUCUUAUGACCAGCAAUGAUUCUUUAUAUACAAAGAUAUGUUUUCCUUGUUUUUUAUUACUGUUAAAAAAUAAAAACCUCUUUCUUUGCUCUGGAUCCAGUAACUACGCUGGUACACAAACGCACUGAAAAGACAAACUUUUGUUUGAAACUUUUGUAACAACUUAUGACUGUUUUUGUAUAUCAAAGUUGAUUCUUUUCAAAAAAUUUGGAUCUAGUUUCUAAGUUAUUUUAGCGUUUUAUAUGUUAUGAAAAAAUUAAUUUGAAUUGUUCACCAGCAUAAUGAGUUAUCUGGAAUGCGAUGGUGACAUAUGUAAAUGGGCUUUGAGCUACCUGGAGUAGCUUAAAAGGCCCUUAUUUCUUUUUCCUUAUUAGUAACUUGAUUAUUGAUUACAAUAAUAUCACAGAUUACCUGAAUCCCCUUCCAUUAUAACUAGAUCCUCCCUUCCAACAUUUGCUAUUAGUGUGAAGAAACUGUUGAAAUGGGCAUUUUAAUGAGUAUGGCUCAAAAAGGUAAAAAUGAGGAAAAAGGAAAAAAAAAUAUACAUAGAAGGUUCUGUGGGUCUGUGCGAUAUGGCUGUGGAAAGAUAUUGUAGUAGUUUUAACACUAUUGUUCUUACCUUUUAAAUCAUUUACCCAAUAAAAAAAGAAAAAGAAUCACCAU